AUGCCCCGCCGACUAAGCGGCAGAGGACAUUUCCCGAGAGCGCGUGUUGUGGCGGCUCAAACUCUUCCCAACUCGCUCAUCCUCCCCGCUCUCCCCUCAUCCUCCCCGCUCUCCCCUCAUCCUCCCCGCUCUCCCCUCAUCUUCCUCGCUUUCCCCUCAUUCCACCGCUCUUCCCUCUUCUCCCCGCGCUCCCCUCAUCUCCUCGCUCUCCCCUCAUCUCGCCCGCUCUCCCAAAAUUUCCCCGCUUCCCCCCCAUUCCCCCACUCCUCCUCUCCUCAUCCUCCCCGCUCUCCCCUCAUCCCCCUCGCUUUCCCCUCAUCUUCCCCGCUCUCCGGUCAUUCCCCCCUCUCCCUUCAUCCAACCAGCUCCCCCUUCAUAUCACUGCCGCGCUCUAUUGUUUCACUCCGUUCCUUCACUCCAUAUCCCCCUAUUCCUUCACGCACCCUCAUCUCCCCUUGUCUCACUCCGUUCUCCCUCUCUCCCCAUCCUCCCCUGUUCCCCGCUUUCGGGCUCACCCCUCAUCCCCUUCCCCCUCCCAUGGUGAUGCCUCGUCUCCCCCUCUCCCCCCCACCUCAUCCACCCUUCAACUCCCUCCCCUCCCCUACCACCGACCCCUCAUUUCCCUCAUCUCUCACACCCCCCUCCACUCUUCCACAACCCAGCCACUCAAGUGGGUGA